GCCCGCACCCGCUACGAGUCCGGAACGCGAGGCUCCGGGUUUGGUUUCCCGCCGGAGGCUCUGGGCCAGCGCCCCGCGUCCCUGGGGGGCGGCGGCGGCGGCGGCGGCGGCAGCGGCGGAGGCAGCCGGGGGGCCCGGAAGUCAACACCAUGUCGAGUCUGCACAAGAGCCGGAUCGCAGAUUUCCAGGAUGUCCUGAAAGAGCCCUCAAUUGCAUUGGAGAAGCUGCGAGAACUCAGCUUUAGUGGCAUCCCCUGUGAAGGUGGACUGCGGUGCCUCUGCUGGAAGAUCCUGUUAAACUACCUCCCCUUGGAGAGAGCCUCAUGGACGUCCAUCCUGGCCAAACAGAGGGAGCUCUACGCCCAGUUUCUGAGGGAAAUGAUUAUCCAGCCUGGCAUCGCCAAGGCCAACAUAGGAGCGUCCAGGGAGGAUGUGACCUUUGAGGACCACCCUCUGAACCCCAGCCCUGACAGUCGGUGGAACACGUACUUCAGGGACAACGAGGUGUUGCUGCAGAUUGACAAAGAUGUCCGGAGAUUGUGCCCAGACAUCUCCUUCUUCCAGAGGGCUACUGAGUACCCCUGCCUCCUCAUCCUGGACCCCCAGAAUGAAUUUGAGACCCUCCGCAAGCGGGUGGAACAGACAACUCUGAAAUCUCAGACGGUAGCACGGAACCGGAGUGGGGUAACGAAUAUGAGCUCCCCGCACAAGAGCACAGCGCCCCAGGCCCUGAGCGAGUACCAGGUGCUGCCCAACGGCUGCGAGGCCCACUGGGAGGUGGUGGAGCGGAUCCUGUUCAUCUACGCCAAGCUCAACCCUGGCAUCGCCUACGUGCAGGGCAUGAACGAGAUCGUGGGGCCCCUGUACUACACCUUCGCCACGGACCCCAGCAGCGAGUGGAAAGAGCACGCCGAGGCAGACACCUUCUUCUGCUUCACCAACCUCAUGGCUGAGAUCCGGGACAACUUCAUCAAGAGCCUGGACGACUCGCAGUGCGGCAUCACCUACAAGAUGGAGAAGGUGUACUCCACCCUGAAGGACAAGGACUCGGAGCUCUACCUGAAGCUGCAAGAGCAGAACAUCAGGCCCCAGUUCUUUGCAUUCCGCUGGCUCACGCUGCUGCUGUCCCAGGAGUUCCUGCUGCCUGACGUCAUCCGCAUCUGGGACUCGCUCUUCGCGGAUGGCAACCGCUUUGACUUCCUCCUCCUUGUCUGCUGCGCCAUGCUCAUCCUGAUCCGGGAGCAGCUGCUGGAAGGGGACUUCACAGUCAACAUGCGGCUCCUGCAGGAUUACCCCAUCACAGAUGUCUGCCAGAUCCUACAGAAGGCCAAGGAGCUGCAGGACUCCAAGUAGCCUGGAGGCGAGAGGCUGGGUCUGGGAGAGCAGCCGCCCACCCUGUGCCCUAGGUCUUGGGGUUUGGGCAUCCCUGGCCCUUGGCUGCUGCAGAUGCAGCUGCUCUGGGUGCUCUGGCUCCUGCCACCCAGGCUGUGCCCUCCGGUGCCCGCUGUGCCGUCUUCUUCAGCCACCAAGCCCAGGUGUCCUCCCUGCUCUGGCCCGGGCCCCUCUGCCCAGGCUGUCAAGCAGGGCUGGGGGCUGUUCCAGGCAGAAGGAGGCUGGCAAGAGUCCCUCCUGCCUCUGUCUGCCCCCUUCCUUGUCCCUCCCUGUUUCUGGUCUUCACCUGGCUGCUGGUCAGGGGGUGCUUGGCAAGUGGGACAGAAACCAAUUCUGGGACUUGGUGCUCAGGCUUCUCCAUGGGGAGGGGACUCCAAAGGAGGCAAAUGACUGCCAGGCCCAGCCCCAGCCCUCUGUCCCCCACUGAGCGUGUGUGUUGCUGAGGAGUAUCAGCCCAGAAUCUAUCCCCGACGUGUCUGGGUGCUCAGGUUGGGCGAGGGUGUCCCCAGGGUCCAGCUUCCCCUUCUCUCUCUCUACCUCUGCCUCUGCCUCUGUCUCCUUCCGCCUCUUCCCAGGGGUGCCGAGACUGCCUCCCUCUGCCUUUCCCUUCCCCUGCCUUUCUCUCCGGGGUGCCUUAUCUGGAGCCUCUUCCUGCCUCCCUCCUCUGGCUGGAAGGGAACCUGGAGGCAGAAUGAAGGGCGUGGCUCACAGGUCCCUGGAGUGGCUAGGCUCCUGGGCCACCCCCAGCACAGACUCCUCGGAAGCACUGGAGAUCUGGAAACCCAGAGGCGCCAAGGGCUGGUGGCCCAGGAAGCUGUGACCUGCCACCUGUGUCCUGCCCGUGGUGGGGGACAGAGAAGCCGGAGAGCUGAUGCCCUGGAGGCUUCCUCGGAGCCUUCAUGCCUUGAAGGGAAAGGGCACCGUGUCAAGUGCUUCCAAGAGUUGCUGUCAACCUGGUUCCUGCAGGUCUGCUGGGACCCAGGAAGCCUCAGCCCGGGUGGAACAGAACCUGUGGCCUGUGUCUAGGCACCAGAAAAGCCUGUCUGGGCCUUGGUGUCCCUGUGCCCCACGCAGGCAGUUGUGGCCACAGGAGCAGGGACAGUCUUGUCAGCUGCUUGGAGCCUGCAGGAUUUGGGGUGGUGCCCUCAUCAGCUGAGUUCUAUGCUGGCUGGAGGCUUGGGUCCAGGGGCCUCGGGUCUGAGCCGUUUGGGGCAGGCCCUUGCUGGGGGUGCAGAACUCUGCACUUUCCUCUUGGCUGCCUCUCCCAAGCCAGGAUCUGGGAGGCCUUUACUAUUUAUUCAGACUCCUGCCUAUUUAUUGCAGAUUGGCAAGUGCUUUGGGAGGGGGAGGCUGCUGGGAAUGGAGAAGGGAGUUGCAGACGCGGUCUGUCCAUUUCCCAAGCUCCUCGAGGACCUGGUUUUCUAGUAGGUUCUGGCCAGGAGGCUGCAAGCUCUAAUGGCACCAGUGUAAAGGUGACCAGAGGGUCAGUGUCUUGGCCAGACUUAGAGAUCUGGAAACACAGCAGGGACAGUCCUGCCCACCAGUCUCCCUCAGAACUCAGCUAGUGGCUCAGCCAGCUUUGCCCCUCCAUUGCCCGAGGCAUGGGCCACCAACAGGACCCAGCAGACACUGCCCGGGGCACCUGCAUCCCCUCUGGCCCAGCUUAUCUCCCUGCCUGGGAACAUACUACUUGAAUCACAGCUUCCGAUCUACUUCACGGGAGCUCUGCAUCCAGUGCACUGUCCUUGUCCUGGAGGUGAAGGUCCAGGGUCCAGGGACUCACACUAGGUAGAGCCUCCCAGAGUGUUGCCAUGGCAAGGACCUGGCCUGGCUGACUCCUCCUGGACUCCUAAGGGGGUCACAGGCAGUGCCUGCUGCUCCUGCGUGGGACGCUGUCUGGGACAUGAGACAAAGCUUGUGCAGUCUCGGUCCCUGUGCAGAGGGUCGGAAUGUGUCGGCUGUUGUCUCCUGUCUGUUUUGUCCUCAGAAUCAGUGCUGUGGGUGAUGAAUUCUUUAAUAAACCCUAUGUUCUUUGCA